AUGGCCAACAAUGCCAAUGAUGGAGCCUUUGGGUUGGAAGACGUGCCGGAUUUGCCUGAAGCACCCACGGAACAGCCCAAGUACAACCGGGAUUACCAUCGACUCUUCGUCAAAUUCAUGAGCUGGCUGCACAAGAGGACUACACCAAGGCGGCUCGCUUCCAACCCAGUGCUUUGGGCGGCAUCCAACCACACACACAAGAAGGCUAUUUCCUUUUACAUGCCCAUCAAAGUGCCACAUGGAAUGGAACCUCCGGAAUCCAACCAAGUCCGAUCCGUGAACGAAGUGGUCAAGGAAGUCAAGAAAGCGAGACUCAACACCGCGGCAAGAAGUCUGUCCUGCAUGUUGAAGCAGCAAGUCCAUCUCAUCACCGGGACGGACGACAUCUCCAACUUCCUUUUUGCGCUCAGUUGCAAGAAUAUUUCGGAAGAACGACAAUGCCCUGACCAAAUCAUUCUUGGUUCGAUGGAUACCGACUUUUGCGUCCUUCAACUAGGGUAUGGCGCCGCUGGUCGGGAAAUGCAUUCCUCUUUACUCCCGAAAGCGAUCCAAGUUGGCUCCCAAGCACUGCAACGCAGCAUACCGCAAACAUUCUCAAGGCUGUCUUUUUGUCGGCUUCAUUUCUGGCUGUGGCGCUCCUCAUUGCUGGUGUUCUUGGAGUCACAGCAUUCGGAAGUUUGCUGCAACUCUGGCAAGAGGGAUGGGUGUUACUGCUGA